CCUUUAUAAAACCACCAGAAGCAUUUAGAAAGGUGAGAGAAGCAACAGUGAAACAAUCCACCACUGCAGCCUCAAAGCUAUUCCAGGAGCAUCACCAAGGUUGCCUUGCUGAAUCUGAACUCCUGAGCCGAGAAUAAAUCUGAAAAGAGGGAAGCAUCAAAAUGGAGGCUGAGUCCACAGAACAAACACAGGAACAAACUUUAGAAGCUUUACAGGAGAAGCUCCAGGAAAAAGAGCGAGAGGUCCAGGAGUUGAGAGAACAGAUGGAGUUACUCCAAAAGCAAAACCAGAACCCCGUGAGCCCCCCUGAAGACAACCAUGACCUACAAACUCCCUCUACCUCCAGAGCAGCAAGACAGGUCCAGGAAUCAGAAAUCAUCAUCCUCAUCGACUCCAAUGGCAAAUUCAUAAAUGAGAAGAAACUUUUCCCCAAGCAUGAAGUAAAUAAAAUUAAUUGUCCCAACACUGAAAAAGCCUUGGAACUCCUGACAGAGGAGAAGCUGGGAUCUCCGAGCCACAUCAUAAUCCACACGGGCUCCAGCGACCUGAGGAAGAAGCAGGAGAGACUGUCAGAAUCCCUCGAACGUGUGAUAGAGAAAGCCUCCGACACCUUCCCCAGUAGCAGAGUGGUUAUGUCAGCCCUACUUCCAAGGAGAGACUUGCACUUCGACACCAUCCACAAUAUCAACACCAAACUGGAAAAAGCCUGUCACAAGUUCAAAAAUGUCUACUUUGCCAAACACCCCACCCUGGGCUUCAGCUGUCUUCAUGAUGAUGUGAAUCUGUCCAAAGAAAAAGUUCCCAUCUUUGCGCGGACACUGAAAGAUGUGGCUCUUGAUAGAAACCCAUCCGAGCAACAGGGAACUGUACAGGGAAGAAGCAGCUUAAUAUACAUCCCACGACAGUCACCACCAAUUUUUUUUUUCAAUUUCAAUUGAUUUCCUAGCACCUAGAUCUAGUUUGCUAUAGCAACCUUGGAACAACAGACUCACUCACACCAAAUGUCAUCACAACAAAUUUUAGUACUAAACUUCGUGGUUUGUUGAGAAUUAAAUUGCAUUUUUGAGCACAGCAGACAUGAUUUACACUGCCUGGCCAAAAAAAAAGUCACCACCAAAAAAAGACGGUCACACACUAAUAUUUUGUGUCACCGCCUUUAGCUUUUAUAACGGCAUGCAUUCGCUGUGGCAUUGUUUCGAUAAGCUUCUGCAGUGUCACAAGAUUUAUUUCCAUCCAGUAUUGAAUUAAUUUUUCACCAAGAUCUUGCAGUGAUGAUGGCAGAUUCUGACCACUGUGCAAAGCCUUCUCCAACACAUCCCAAAGAUUCUCAAUGGGGUUGAGGUCUGGCCGAUCCAUAUGUGAAAAUGAGGUCUCAUGCUUCCAGAACCACUCUUUCACAAUUUGAGCCCGAUGGCAUUGUCAUCUUGGAAUAUGCCCCUGCCAUCAGGGAAGAAAAAUCCAUUGAUGGAAUAACCUGGUCAUUCAGUAUAUUCAGGUAGUCAGCUGACCUCAUUCUUUGAGCACAUAAUGUUGCUGAACCUAGACCUGACCAACUGCAGCAACCCCGAUCAUAAUCCAGGUGGCAACUUUUUUUCUUUUGGCCAGUGUAUUUUUGUUCAGUGAUGAAAUGUAUCUGUUUAAGAUCAUGUUUAAAAUCAAGUGUUGUAGAUUGUGUACUGACAGAAUCCAAAUACAGGACACAGGGAGUACACUUCGACAACAAAACAAAAACUUGUUAAUUAUCAAAGUAAGAGUAAAAUUUUAAUUAUUAAAAGAAAAUUCAGCAAUAAAGUUGAGGAUGAAAGACUCCACAACCAACAGCAGAGGAGACGGAGACAACAGGAAGGAAAACUAAUACAGAAAGCUCACCUU